AUGUCUGAGAACACUAAAUUCUUUUUUCGACCAAAAGUUAGAUUUUGUCAAACAGAUGCCGAUGAAUUAAAUAAAGAGGAAUUAAAAAAUUCAACAGAUCAAAAAAAUGCAAACCACCUGAGUAAACCGAAAAUUAGAAGUAUUGUAACUUUGGAUAAGCCUAUUAUUUUAUUGAAAUCAGAUAUAGUGUCUAACAAUCUUCAAAGUAAAAUUUCAAAGAGUUCUGAUUGUACUAAAAAAAUUGAAUCACCACCAGGAUGUAAUAAUGCAACUGAUUCUUGUACAGAAGAAAUUGCUUCUCCUUUAAUUAAUACUUCUUGUAAAGCUGGAACUCAGAAACCAUUAAGUAAUUUAAAUAAUAGUCAAUGUGCCAAAUUAAAUUCUAAAGAGGCUGACAAGAACAAACAAUCUGAUAAAUCUUCUAUUGAUACUACAGCAAUUUCUUUGGCACCUAUUGUACAAGAAGAAACAUUGGAUGAAGUUCUUAAGUCACAGAACUCUGUUAAGUCUGCUAUUGUAAAGAGAGACUACAUGAAACGUAAAAAGGGGAAAGAAAAUGAUGCAUUGAUGGCUAAAAAAAAUAUUAAUAGUACCACUAAAAAAAGUUCAGAUUCAAAGAUUAUAGUAUGCAAAGUUAAACCUUGCUUAAGUAGUACUGACAGUAAAAAAAUGAACGAAUCUAGAGCAUCUACCAUUUCAUUUGCAUCCAGAAAAGCAAAAACAAAGUCUGUUGAUGUGAUGCCAUGUCAUAAAUAUGGUACAGUAACAUCUAGGACUAAGACUUCCCAUGUAAAAAAGAUUAUGAUAAGGGAUGUAGCUGGUCCCAAAGUAAAACCUUACAUUGGACCAGGAGUACCACGUAAAAGACAAGAUGUGAAAGGUCUAGAUACUGAUAAAAAUGCUUCUACAAAACUACAUACAUCUGGUGAAAAAUUAGCAAGACCAGAGUACAAUUCAAUAAUGUGUACAAUUAAUAAAUUGAAUGAAAUGAAGCAGGAGAAAGUUGUAGUUGACUUUGAGCAUUUAGGAGCAUCUUAUAAGAAUUUUAUAAAUCGAAAGAUUUCCAGUGCCUUGGAUUUCCCUCUUGAUGAAGCUGUCUACAAAAAUUUAAUGGACUUGUCCAUAGAUGAGAAACAACUGCCUAGCAGAUUAACUCGUAGUAAGGAUCCAGAGCCACGGCAAAGAGACAUUGUACCAAUACUGUCAGACUUCUUCAAACCAGAAUCGACUGAAGAAUAUUGUACUGCAGUAUCUAUUAAACCAAGGGCAGCAGAAGUUGUAGACAGUUGGAAUCCUUUCAAAAUAAGUGAUAAGAUAUUUGAAUGGAAACAUCGUUUGGACCAUGUAUAA